CCUGAUCUCUUCAGCUGGGAUAGAGUUGUCAGGAUGUCCCCAACUGAGAGGCUGGAACACGCCUUCAGCAAGGCUCAGACGUACUUGGGAAUGAGAAGCUCUUAGAUCCUGAAGAUGUUGCCGUUCAGCUUCCUGACAAGAAAUCCAUAAUUAUGUAUUUAACGUCUCUGUUUGAGGUGCUGCCAUCAGCAAGUCACUCUGGACGCUGUCCGCGAGGUAGAGACUCUCCGAGAAAUUACAAGAAAGAGUGCGAAGAAGGAGAUCUUAAUAUGCAGAGCCCAGCGCCAGAGCAGGAGCACGAGAGCCCCCGGGCUGAGACCCCCAGCACCGUCACCGAGGUCGACAUGGAUCUGGACGGCUAUCAGACAGCCCUGGAGGAUGUGCUGACCUGGUUGCUUUCUGCCGAGGACACGUUCCAGGAGCAGGAUGAGAUCUCUGAUGAUGUGGAAGAAGUCAAAGACCAGUUUGCCACGCACGAAGCGUUUAUGAUGGAGCUGACUGCGCACCAGAGCAGCGUGGGGAGUGUCCUGCAGGCGGGAAACCAGCUGAUCACACAAGGGACUCUGUCGGAUGAGGAGGAGUUUGAAAUUCAGGAGCAGAUGACCCUGCUGAACGCUAGAUGGGAGGCCCUCAGGGUGGAGAGCAUGGACAGGCAGUCCCGGCUGCAUGACGUGCUCAUGGAACUGCAGAAGAAGCAGCUGCAGCAGCUCUCUGCCUGGUUAACGCUCGCAGAAGAACGCAUCCAAAAGAUGGAAACUUGCCCCCUGGAGGAUGAUUUAAAAUCCCUGCAAAAGCUGCUGGAAGAUCAUAAAAGUUUGCAAAAUGAUCUUGAGGCUGAACAGGUGAAAGUCAAUUCGUUAACUCACAUGGUGGUAAUUGUGGAUGAAAACAGCGGGGAGAGCACCACAGCUGUUCUGGAAGAUCAGUUGCAGAAACUCGGGGAGCGCUGGACAGCCGUGUGCCGAUGGACCGAGGAACGCUGGAGCCGGUUGCAGGAGAUCAACAUGCUGUGGCAGGAGUUACUGGAAGAGCAGUGUUUGUUGAAAGCUUGGCUGACCGAAAAAGAGAGGCUUUAAGUAAAGUCCAGACGAGCAACUUCCGAGACCAAAAGGAACUAAGUGUCAGUGUUCGGCGACUGGCUAUUUUGAAGGAGACAUGGAAAUGAAGCGUCAAGUUUUGGACCAGCUGAGUGAGAUUGGCCAGGAUGUGGGCCAAUUACUUGAUAACCCCAAGGCAUUCCAGAAG